AUGGUGGUGUGGAUACAAUUCCCAGCCUUCCCGGUACACUUCUAUCACAAGGAGAUUCUCUUCACACUUGGGAAUAUGGUGGGCAGAGCAAUCAAGCUAGAUUUUCACACCCAACACCAACAGCGAGCGAAAUUUGCCCGGAUGGCCGUGGAGCUUGAUCUCUCUAAGCCGCUGGUUACGCGGAUCCGGCUGGACGGAAAAUGGCAAUAUAUCGAGUAUGAGAACCUACCAACAUGCUAUUUUGAGUGUGGAAAAAUUGGACACACUUCGUUGACAUGUUCUACGCUAGCGGCGAUAAGUCCACCGCCGGUCGCCGGAGUGAUAGUCAGCGAUCAGGGAAACGCGCCGGCGACUUCGUCGGAGGACCGAACAGGCUUUGGGCCAUGGAUGCAGGUUACACGGCGAUCACGGAGGGGAACACGCUCGGUAGAAAAAGGAAAGGCUAGCGAAAUCCCAGGGGAAUCAGUAAGUAACGGCAAAGAAGGGAAAGGAAAGAUUUUGCAGAAAGAUAAGGAAAGCUUUGUAGAACAAAAAAGAGAACUGAACCAGAGGAAGGAGACGGGUAAGAAUGGGGCUAAGGAAAAGGGAAAGACAGCUGGAGCCAACCAUCUCAACGGGAAAGAGAAAGGAGAAAAAGAAGUGGCUAGUUCGGCCACAGGGGGGAAAGGGAUCCUUGGGCCCAUCCCGCCUAAUAGAGUAAGCCCAACAAAAGGAUCCAGCAAGGGAGUAACCCCUUUUAAUUUCUUUGAGGCCGGCCCGUCAUCCGUUGGAAGUGGGCCUGAGCCGAACCUUGUUGGGCCUGCUGGGACCAAACAAGAAGCAAGAAAAGGUUCGGUCCCCUCUGUCUCGACCAAAGCCCAGAAGACGACAGGCCCAGCGGUGACCUCCAUUCAGAUAGUGGAAGUCCCAACUAUCGAUCAACAGAAGAAAAUCGAAGCGGCCAGUAGUACUCCAUUGGCGGCUACUCGUACGAAGGGCGACCGGAGGAAGAGGAAAACCAAGGAACGCCAAUCACCAGUGAAGGUCGCGGCCAAAGCUCUCCAAAUUUGGACUCCUGUCAAGGAAAGGAAAUCCAAAGCUAGAGCUAAAAUGGCGAACUUGACUCUGCAAGAGAUUGAGGCGUGGACGGGAGCGGAGAAGGAGGGGCAUGUUGAUAAAGCUACCUUGUUCCCAGCUGAGGAGAAUGCCUAG